CUUUCCCCCAGGAUACGAGUCCUGGGCACUCCUUCUACCCCUCCAGGUCCUGCUCCCUCUACUCCUCUCACACGAGUACCUCUGACCACCUCCCACUCGCAGCCCAUCUACGUGCCUGGAAAAUACUCGCCGUCGAGCUGCCUGAGUGACAAGGAGGAGGACGAGAUAUACGGGUUCGCCGGCUACGGUGUCUACGGUAAACAAAUGCUGCAGAGACAACAACAACAAGCAAAACUAGUCAUCACCCCUAGACAGAACUACCAAAACUGUUUGAGUCCAAGAUCAGCUUACUUCUAUGAGUUUCCUCCAAAUGAGCGACCUGGUAAGAAGAGAACAAGUUUCACGAGGUUUUUGAGGCAUUUGACGACUCACAGGAAAGACAAGUCUUCUUCGCCCAGGCAGCAACAGCAGCACAUGACUAUGAGCAGGGGAGGAACCCCUGACAACCUCGACACACCCCCUACCCUCCUGCCGCCCAUGGACUAUGAUCGGCUCAGGUAUCUGCCAAAGAACCAGAACUCUCCAAACACCUUUGAGGAGACAAUACACAGGCUAAAAAUUCAAGAAGCUCUGAAAAAGAAAGAACGCUUUGACAGGGAACAUGAAGAGAUCUUGAGGGAUAUCCGACAAGGACUGCUGCAGCUGGGACGUCAGCGUAACCGUUCCAGUGACGACACAUACAUGUACGAUGAUGAGAUGCAGAGGCUCGGCCAGCACUGGUACGACGAACCUCCUUACGAGAGCGACCCAGAGGACUUCUUGAUGGCUGACACAGCUAACAACAGCAGCUCAAGGCUCUCCUCUCUAUCCAUGGAAACCAGUCGAUCAGAAACCACUGAUCCCUACCAGAGGUUACGAUCAUACAAUGGAGUAGAGUCUGCCAUUUCUCCCGGCCACAGCUCUGACUACGCUGAACAAGAUGAGUUAGUCACUGUGCAUUCUUCUUGUGGGAACAGCUCCAUGGCCCAUAGAGUGAGAGGGUUGAAGGGUGACAACACCACAAACAAGGUAAUAUCCUCCCGACACCCUCACCAUCAUCACCACCACCACAACCACAACCACCAUCACCACAGGCACCACAAGGAGAGGUCUCCCGAGGUGGCCCACCACAGUUCAGCUGAGAGUCUGCCCAGCGGAUCCAGUACACAAGCCCUGGUACCUCCCUCGUCCAACCCCAGUUCUGAGGAGUCCCACAGUCCGUCUGACAAGUUAACUGUCAUCGCCAGAGCAAGAGCCCUUGUAGAUUACACACCAAGUCCUUAUGACAAAGAUGUUCUCAAGUUUAAGAAAGGAGAUACGAUUGAGGUUUUAUCAAUGAACGCCAGUGGGCUGUGGCGGGGGCGAGCUCACGGCAGAGUUGGUAACUUCAAGUUCAUCAAUGUAGAGCUGCUCACAGAGUCUUCACUGAGACCACGGCCUUGCAGACACAGACCCCAGACAUUGGAGCAGAUGUUAAGAACCAUACAUAUGGAGGAUCACAUGUCUCUGUUUGUUCUCAAUGGAUAUGAAGACUUGGAUGCUUUCUGUGAGAUCAAGGAGGCGGACUUAGAUUAUUUGAACAUCCAUGACCUACAACAGCGAGCUAAGAUACUAGCAGCUGUACAAGUGCUUAAUGAAUAUGAAUCUCCAGACGAAUGUGGAAGCAGUGCAGACGAGGGACAAAACUCCCAAUGCGGAACUGAAAAUGAAACCCAAGCAAACAACCUGGGUGUAAGUGAAAACACCACAACAGCUACAAUCAACUGUAAGGAAGCUGCUCAGGUGAUGCAGCAGACCUACCUACCAAACAUCCCUCUGCGGUCCAGCCACACGCUGGAGAUGGACGUGUUUAGUGAGAAGACAGCUGGAGACACGGUGGUGGAGAAAGUAGGAGUCGUCAAGUACAUCGGGCAAGACCUGAGCUGUGAAAGCGGCAACCCUCAGAACCGCAACUGCUCAACACUGAGCGAGAAGUCUAGUGACUCAGGGGUAAGUUCUAGCUCCCUGUCGUCAUCCAAUCACAACGCGACUAGAAACAAGCAACGUAGGAGUGGGAGCAAGGCAACGCUCAUAGAAAGUCCGACACGUAGCUACGUCGGCCAUUAUAUCUCUGACAGGAAGGAUUGAUCUACUUUUAUCAUCUGUCUGUUGAGGAAAAUAUACAAAGACUUGUGGGAGGCUAGACGAAUUAGAAGCUUAAAAAGGCAUUUGUUCUAGUUGAACCAUAUUGUAUUAACUUGUCUUGUAGUAUAAUUCAAAUUAGUAAAUUUAAAAACAACAUGUAUAUUUAAAAACAUAACAUAUUUAAAGCUAAAAUAACUUAACAAAUUGGCAUAAACCAAUUGUAUUUGCCAUCACAAUCAUUCGAGUCCAUAUUGAUUUAUUUAAAUAAAGUAUUGACUAAUCCAGUCACCAUAAAACAUUCAAUAAGAUUUCGAAUGAAAAGCAAACUGAUGAUAUACCGUAAUUAGUUAAAUUUAAUUAGUUAACUUUAUUUACACUCCCGUUGGGCAUUUUUGUCUGAUUAUUAUAACUCGUGUAUUUGUCUUUUAAUUUUCCUUUUUUUAAUUUUCGGUCAUCUGUUUUGUCCACAGAUGAUUUUUCAAGUAAACGAGAAAGCGUCCAUUCCAGUCGGAAAAACAUAACACCGGUUGGUGAAGAGGUUUACCCAACAACUUUCUUCACCCUCUGACUGACUGCGGUGUCAAAUACAACAAAGCCAAUUGAAAUCUAUAUUUUGAUAUCAAAGUGAAUAAUUUAUUUAAUUUUUACUUGGGGAUAUAUAGUUCAAUGUCAAUGUCAAACCUGUUUACAUCAUAUCAACCAAAAAUGCUACAUUGUGCAUAACCUUAAAAUAUGUGCAUUGAAUUUGUAUUUAUUCUCUUUACUCUUUAUUGAUGUUUUGUCCCUUUUAUGAACCGUAUUCUGAUUUCAGAAUUUUUGCACUAUUUCACUUAAUUAAUUGUAUUUGAAUAAUCAAUAUUAAAAAUGUUUAACCAAAUCAUUAGUAACAGUUGAAUAACAUAUUUUGAUUCACUAUCCCACCAGUAAUAUAACCAAUAGUUUAUAAAGUAGGGCCUUGACUUUAUUUUAUAAUUUUGUAAUAUUUAAAACUUAUUAAAAACGGUUACUUUAAAAAGAAAAUGCGUUCUAAAAUCUUGCAAUCAAAAAAUUUGCAUAGGUAGUAAAAUAUUCAUAUUGAACAAUCUUUGUUCAAUUUCUUCAACUACAGUAGUUACACAAAGUGACAAACCACAAACCAACACCCAAACUAUAUAACUUCCUGAUCCCCAUAAGACAAGUCUUUCAUAAUUUGAGUUUGUCCAAAUUUGGACUUUAUUCUGUAUUUAGCAUUAUAAAUGUAAAUUUAUAUAGUGUAGAUUUAUUUUAGAUAAUGUAUACCAAAGUGAUCCAAGAAUGUGUAAAUUAUUUAUGAUAAAGUAUUACUAUUUAUUGCAGUGUUUAAUCCUUUUACAACAGUUUUUAAGCAUUGUACUGUUUUACAGUGUUCCAAACCAAAGUAGUGAUAUAUUAAUUUGUAAAUAUUAAAGGUGUAGUUAAAAUUUUAAUUUUAUUAAGUAGUCUAAUGAUAAUAUUGUGUAUAGAGAGAAAUAAAUAUUUGAUUUGUUAUUGAUUUAGGUUUAACCUUAGAAAAGGCAAUGGAUCUACUUUGGAAGAAAUAUUUUUUUUCCCUGUAAAAAUAUUUUCUACGUAUAAAUUAAGUACUCAUAAAUCAUCUUUUUGCUUUCUGUUUCUGAAACUAUCAUUCAAUAUACGUUCAUGACUUAUAUGAACAGUAAGCUAAAGAGAACUUCUUAUAACUGCCAUGAUUAACCUAUAAGACAACAACUGAAAUAGUAUCAUAGUUCCUAGUAAUAUUCCAAUUUCUGCUAUUGACGCCCUUGUACAAUAGUCUAGGUUGUUCUUAAUACAUUUUGUAAUAUUUUUUUAUACAAACAAUAUGUUUACAAUGAUAUGUUACUAGUUCUUGAAAUAAAAUCGUGUUUGAUAUUAUUAUUUAAUUGACCUUUACAUAGUAUUUUUGAAGCACUGUUUUAGAAUAUAUUUAAAUGCAUGUAUACUUAAGACCUAGAAUUGAUUUAUUAAGAAACAAUUUCUAAAGUUUUUAAGCAUAAUUAAAGGAUUAUAAUUUUAAAAGCAUUUUUGACACUAUGAAGUAGCCUAUGUCAACUUUUAAUAAUUGCAUUUAUGUUUUAUAACAAACCUGAAUAAUUAUUUUAGCAAGUAAAUAGGGGAUGUACACCCAUACAAAUUACGUACAUGUUAUGUCUCAAUCAGCAAUUAGAUGCAAGUUAAAAAUUUAUUUUACCCCUUAGAGAAAAAGUUGAAAGUCAUCGAAAGUAUCCUUAAAUCUGAAAUUAAAAUGUAUUAGAAAAACUUAUUUAAGUAAUGUAGUAUCCUUAUUAUUUAGGACAAUCAUUUAUACAAAUAUUCGGUACAAUGUUUUGGUAGUUGAAAUUAAUGUAAAUGUAGUUAAAUGUAAGUAUUAGUUUAAUUGUAAUUAUUUUGAGCUGUGACAUAUGUGUACAUGUAAAAUAAGAUUUAAAUAUAAAGAGGGUUAUUAUAUUUUGGUGAAAAGUCUAUCAAGAUUUCAUGUUAAGAGAGUGAUAAGUUGUAAAAGCAAUCGUAUUGUGGUUACCAAAAUUUCAGUGGGUGAAAUUCUGCCAAUUAGCACAUGCAUGUUAUAUAUGUUGGCUUGUGCAAAGGUUUUAAGUGUAUGUUACUUUUUAACUUGAAUUAGUUGAAGUUCGCAUUUAAUUUUUUCUUUUAAGUAUUUAUCCAUUAAAGUGACAUUUAUUUUUGUUAAAGUUUGUUAGACAUUA